GUAGUCGAGGGGUACUGUUACCUCGAGCAUCAAAUCUGCAUCAAUGGUGUGUACGGAGAAAGGACCUCAGGAGUGCACUUUGGAUGAUGGUAACUUCAAGGUAACUCAGCUGUGACACUGCCGAGUGUCGAAGUUCUCGAAGAAGACACCUGAAUGCACCGAGGCGGCAGUCGCUCAGCCUCGCCUGGGCUGCGCGAGCGUCCGAGUCCGCUGGAGUCUGGACGCCGAAACUCGCCGCCGAAGCAUGUCAGCUCGGUGGAACAGAAGCACGCGGCCCCGAAGCUUCUCACAAGCUCACGACAACAAUUCUGACCUUGUCACUCGUAUCCUACAAUUCCUUCCACAGCAACCGGCAAGGAACGAGCCACCGUCUCCAUCCUCAUCACGGCUCGUUCCAAGAGGCUGGGGAGAUUGCAAUCCGCCACCCGCAGCUAACGGUCCCUGCCCGGCACCAUCGCCGGAGGUUCCGC